AUGGAAACUGUAGUAGCUUUUAAUAAUGAGCUUUCGGGUCUCUAUGAAGGCAAACCACCCAUAUCAAAAGCCAAAAUGGCCUCCAUAACCCGAUCGGCCAUGAAGGCAAUCAAAUUUUACAAACACGUUGUCCAAAGUGUUGAAAAAUUCAUUUUGAAAUGUAAACCCGAGUACAAGGUACCCGGCCUGUAUGUCAUCGAUUCCAUUGUCCGUCAAUCUCGUCAUCAAUUUGGUCCGGAAAAAGAUGUAUUCGCACCCCGUUUUGCUCGCAACAUGAAGGAGACAUUUGCCAAUUUGUUUCGUUGUGCACCCGAAGACAAGAGUCGUAUUAUACGCGUACUCAAUUUAUGGCAAAAGAAUAAUGUCUUUGCACCUGAGGUAAUACAGCCGAUAUUUGAUUUGGCCGAUCCCAGUCAUCCCAUUUACUCAAUGCCACCGGCUUCGGGUUCAGGUGGUGGUGGAAUGGCCAGUUCUUCGGCUGCGGAUGGUUCGCAGGCAAAUGGUAUGAAUACAUCAAGUGGUUCAAUGGAUGUUAGCAUGAGUGGUGGUGGAGCUGGACAAAGCGCAGGAGAUGAUAAAAUGGCUGGUACAUCUGGUGGAUUGGCCGAUUUAUCGAACAACAAUUUGAAACAAUUGCUAAAUGAUCCCAAUGUGCUAAGACAAUUGCAAACAUUGCAAAAUUUUACAAAAUUCAAACAAGACGAUAAGCAGCAUAAUUUACGCAUGCAAGAGGAAGCAUUUGAAAAACAUUUACAAAAUGUUCUGAAGGGCUCUGCCGCUGCUGGACCAUCAUCCAAUCAAGAGUCCAAAGAAGUGGAAUUUGUUUCUGAGGAGGGCAUUGAGGUUAUCAACCUGGAUGGCAAUGAUUCACGUAGUCCCACGCCCGAUCGUGACCGUUACAAGAGACGUCGCAGUCGUAGUCGCAGCCGUUCUCGUUCCAGGGAUCGUGGUGGUCGUGGCCGUGGCCGUCGUGGCGGCAGUCGUUCCCGUUCGCGCAGUCGUUCGCCACGCUCGAAUAGACGACGCACCUCAAGGGAUCGUGAACGCAGCAAUCGUGACAAGGAAAAGGAUCGUGAACAUGAACGUGAACGCCGCAAAAAGGGUCUUCCGGAUAUCAAAAAGGAACAUUUAAGCGUUUGCAGUACAACUCUCUGGGUUGGUCACCUCUCCAAAUUGGUCUAUCAAGAGGAAUUAUCCGAUACCUUCGGCGAAUAUGGUGACAUCGUGAGCAUCGAUCAAAUUGUACCGCGCGGUUGUGCAUUCAUCGUAAUGAAUCGACGCCAGGACGCAUACAAGGCUAUGCAAUGCCUGAAGAAUCACAAAUUACAGGGACGAGCCAUAACCAUUUCAUGGGCCGCCGGCAAGGGCGUCAAGUCCAAGGAAUGGAAAGACUUUUGGGAUUUGGAAUUGGGUGUGACCUAUAUACCAUGGAACAAAUUGGACGAGAAUACCGAUUUCGAUGCCCUGGAGGAGGGUGGUAUGUUCGAUGAAGAUUCCAUGCCGCCAUGGAUGAAGGAGAAGAAGCAGACAUUGAAAAAUCUCCAGGACAAGGCUAAGGAGUCGGCGGCGUCAGCAAUCGCCGGUAUUAAUUUGCCGGGUGCCCCGAAUAUUCCACCACCAGGUGGCAAUCCGCCGUUGUUGUUUAAAAUCGAUACGACUCAGCCGCCACCGGGCCCCCCACCAACCGGUGCCCCGCCACCAAUGAUGCCAAUGGUGCCGGGUCAGUUUUCGAUGGCUCCACCGCGCAUGAUGGGGGCUCCGCAUAUGGGUAUGCCCAUAUCGGGAUUGCAUAUGCCACCGAAUAUGGUGCCACCGCAUGCAGCAAUGAUGAUGAUGCCUGGUUUCGGCAUGCCAGGUCAGGUUCCACCAACUGGUGGACCACCUCCAAUGGGACCGCCUCACCAUAUGCCACCCAUGGGAGCGCCUCCCCAACACCGACAUCCCGCACAAUAUCCGCCACCAAUGGGCGCAGCCCCACCCGCUGCGCCCUUGCCAGCUGCCAAUGUUUCCAGUGACGAUCAAAUGGACAUUGAAAUGGAAGAUGAAGAGGGUGCCACAACCGCAGACUCGGCGACGGCGGCAGCACCACCUGCCAUGAACUUUAAUCAGCCACCACCGGCAUUUGGUGGUGGUAAUGAUAAUGCCACAGGAGCAACUGAUAACUUUGGACGUGAUCGUAAUCGUGGUGGUGGCGGCAACAAUGGUCCUGGCGGCGGCGGCGGGGCAUCAAGAUGGGGUGGUGGACGUGAUGAUGACGGUAAAAAAGAUGGUGGUGGAAGAUGGCGUGAAAAUGGUGCUGGCGGCGGUCCGCCACAACAUUUUGGUGAUGGUGGCGGUGGACGCAAUAGACCAGAUUUUAUGAAUGAAUUCGAUAAUAGAGGCGGACCACGUGGUCCUCCCGGUGGUGGAGGAAACUACAAUGGUGGCGGCGGUGAUUUCCAUCCCAAUAUGCAAAACCGUUUCAACCAGCCCAACAAUAUGAUGCAGAUGCGCAUUCCUCCACCGAAUGCAUUUAAUCAAAGAGGAGGAGGAGGACCACCUAUGUUUAUGCGAGGUCAGGGCGGUGGACCAGGCGGACCCCCGGGAGGUGUACGUCAACAGGGUCCGGGUAAGUUCGAAACUUCUAAAAUUUGUGGCAGUCAAUGGCAAUUUAAUCUUGUUCUUGCAGGCUUCUUCAAUAGAAACAAUGCCUUCGAUCGUGGUGGUGGUGGCGGCGGUGGUGAUAUGGCUGGAGGCUUCGGCGGAGGCCGUGGUGGUCGAGGAGGUCGUGGUGGCCGUGGUGGUGGCGCCAUGGGCGGUCGUGGAGGUGGUGCCAUGGGAGGCAGAGAUGGUGGAGGUCCCAACUGGAGUGAUGAAGAAGGCGAUGACAACGGCUUCAAGCGCCGUGGAGGCGGCGGUAAUCGUUUCCGGGAUCGGGACGAUAUGCGUGAUCGCGGUGGUCGUGGCGGUCGAGGUGGUCCGGGCGGCUCUGGUGGUCGAGAUAGAGACAGAGAUGGUGGUCGUGACCGCGACCGUGAGAGAGAUCGUGACAGCCGCAGCAAGAGCCGGGGUGUUUCUCAGGAGAGCAGCCGUCGAGUAUCGCGAGAUGACCGGAAAACAUCAAAACCAUCCAUCAGCGACACCGAAGAGGAUUGGGACAAAGAAUUGGACGAUUUUGAGGGAAAGAACACUAAAAAGGCAGCGGCGGGGGCGGCGAAUGAAACCAAUAGCCGACGAAAUUCCAACUCCAAGGAUGACGACAAAAACAGUGAACGCAGCAGCAAUAACGCCAAGGCGACAGGAGGCGACAAAAAUAAGUUUUCCAAAUAUGAUGACAAAGAUAAUCGGCGCAGCAAAUCGCCGCAGGAUCAAGAAACACCUAUGAAAGUACAAAUGGGUAACAAGAAACAGCAAGUCGAUCCGGAUGAGGAAAACUGGGACGAUGAUGAGGAUGACAAUCGCCCAUUACCAGCGGCGGCGACAGAACAAAAAAGCGAUUCACCGCCGCCACCGUCGUCUGCUUCACAAUCGACGCCAAUGACGCAACAGCUGUAUGAGGCUGCUGAGAAAAGGGAUGAUAACAGCAGCAGCAAUAUGAGUAGUAGUGGUGGUACUGCACCUCCACCCUCCUCCACAACAUUUGUGGCAAGGGAAGAAGCAAAACAAGCAUCACCGCCACCAACAGCGUCAGCACCGUCAGUCGGUGUUGCUGAAACACCUGCGAAAUUGCCUGAAGCUGCUUCAUCAGAUCAAUCGGUUGCUGCCGAAUCAAAACCGGAAACACCCGCCGCAGCAUCAUCGGAGUCAAAUAAAGAAGGCGACGAAGGAGCUGCAACCGCUACCACAGACAACUAA